AUGUUUGAUGGCUGACAAUGUGGUUGCCUGCUGAUUUCUUUUCUUUUUUUACACUUUUAAAAAUGAACAUCCAUACUUGCCAUGCAUCACCUAAACAAGAAAAAAAAACUAAUUUGAAUAACUUGGAAACAAUGUAUUUUAAAGCUCUUUUACAGUUUUAUGCAUCCAAUUGAUAGAGUAUAGAAUGUCAGGUGUAGAUCAGUUUUCCCGCAGAGCCAUCUGACCCCAGCUCCUCCAGUGAGUCAGGUGACCACCGGUCUUACCCGGAGCCCCGACCUCCCUCCAGUGCAAAGGAUCUCUCUUACCACUGAGCAUGGCGUUCAUCGCAAAGACAUUCUACGACCUGAAGGCCACCACGCUGGAGGGCGACCCGGUGGACUUCAACGUGUACCGUGGACGGGUGGUGCUGAUAGAGAACGUGGCGUCACUCUGAGGCACCACCGGCCAGGACUUCAGCCAGCUCAAGCAGCUCCAGAGCAAGUACCCCCAUCGACUGGUGGUCCUGGCCUUCCCCUGUAACCAAUUUGGGUAUCAGGAGAAUUGUAGUAAUGGUGAGAUCCUAAAUUCUCUACAGCACGUGCGUCCAGGCGGAGGAUUCCAGCCCAACUUCACCAUCUUCGAGAAGUGCGACGUCAAUGGAGUAAACACACAUCCUGUCUUUGCAUAUCUCAAAGAAAGACUCCCCUAUCCCGGCGAUGACCCCAACUCACUCAUGCAGGACCCCAAAUACCUGGUUUGGAGUCCCGUCAGCAGGACCGACAUAUCUUGGAACUUUGAGAAAUUCCUCAUAGCGCCUGAGGGAGAGCCGUUUAAAAGAUACAGCAGAAAGUUCCCCACCGUUGACAUUGAGCCUGACGUUCAACGAUUGUUAAAAUUAACCAAAAGUUAAGAAUGCAGACUUUUAACACCACACGUUUAAGUCUUAUUUAAUGAAGGUGAUAUUAUGAAACUCAACAGGGAUAUCAUCUGAAGCUCUGUAAGAACUUAAAUGAAGUGGUAACAACGUUUUCUUCAAUUCAACCUUAAUUACCUUCUCAAUAGGAGUAGGUUAGUGAUGGUCUACGGCGUGCUCUGACUUGCAUACAAACUCAGAUCACACCGUAUUAAGGUGAAAAAUACUAGGCCAUAAAAACAAAUCAAAUGGAAAAAUUUCUCGUAAAAUUUCUUUAUUCAAGUACCAUACAUUUUUUUUCUUAAACAAAUUUUUCUGUUUUAAAAAAAUAAAAUAAAAAAUACAUUGACAUUUUUAAAAUGUUUUUCCCCUCUUAGAAUGAUUCCCCCC